AUGAACAGCCUUUCUACAUUUCUUCAUACUGAACUUUUGCAAAUUGUUGAUGAAUCAAAGCGUAGGCAUUCUGAUAUUAAAGAGGCCGCAGAAAAAUCGAUUAUCAUCGCAAGAUCUCUAAUAGAACAACCCGAUAUUAAUGUUUCUAAAGAACUUUCGAAGCACUCUGACUUUUUACUUCCAUUUAUUCUUGCUUGUGAAAUAAAGAAUCUUAAAUUAAUAACUAUAUCUAUAGGCUGUUUACAUAAAUUGAUAUCACAUCGUGCCGUUCCUGAGUCUUCCAUUAAAACCAUAAUAAAAAUUCUUAAUGACUUAGUAUUUCAAAGUGUUGAAGUUCAACUCAAAAUUUUACAGACUAUUACACCUUUGCUAAAUAAUUAUCAAUCAUUACAAGGCGAUCUUCUUAUUGAGGCGUUAUUAAUAUGUUUUCAUCUUCAAGACUCAAAAUUUGUUGUGGUCAGUAACACUGCUGCUGCUACGUUGCGUCAAUUGGUAAUCAAUGUUUUUGAAAGAGUUCUUUUAGAAGACGAAAUAAAUGACAAAGGUGCAAUAAAUCCCAAUCCGAGUGUACGAUUAGGCUUAGAUGUAAAUGGUUUGUCUCUCCGUCGAUAUGCAAGAGAUGCUUAUUAUCUUUUUCAGGAUUUAUGUUUAUUAUCCAAUGGAGAACAACCUAUACUUCUCAAAUUAAAUAGUAUAUCAAAAACACUUUGUUGGGAAUUAAUAGAAUCAAUAUUAUCAAAUAACUUCAAACUAUUCGAAUUGUAUCCGGAGUUUACAUUUUUACUCAGAGAACAUGUUUGUCCUCUCAUGUUAAAGAAUUUAAAUAUCAAAUAUGACUUUCCAACUACUAUGAGAAUGUUACGAAUUGUUUAUAUUCUACUGAGAAAGUUUAACGAAAUUUUGGUAAUAGAAUGUGAAAUAUAUUUCAAUAUGUUUAUAAAAUUUCUUGAACCAAAUUAUCCAUUAUGGCAAAGAGUUAUUUCGAUGGAAAUAUUUCAUGGAAUUUGUAUGGAUGGUGCUCUUUUACGUACUGUUUAUUAUUCUUAUGAUAAGCAAAAUCAUUCCACAAGUGUGUACAAGGAAAUGAUUAAUGCUUUUGGUCGAUUAGCAACUGAGAAACCACAUACGUUAGGUAAGAGUGGUAAUUUGCUAAAUGGGAAUUCGUGUCAUUCAAUAGAAGAUGAUGGGCAAACAAACAUUGGUGGUCUAAGUAUUACGUCCUCAGUAAUGAAAAUUAAAUGCAUUGAUCAGAUGGACAAAUCAGAUCCACCACAAAUUCCAGGAACUUAUCUUUAUUAUCUGACUCUUUUAUGUCUAAAUUCAAUUGUGGAUGGCCUUCACGAUUUUGUAAUAAAAAAUCUUACAAGUGUUAUUCAAGAUCAAAAGAAAUCAACCUUACAAUCGAAGUCUCAAACCCUUGUGGCUGAUAUGGCAAAUACUUCAUGGCCUGGAUUGCUUGCUGCACUUUCAUUUUUCCUUUCUACAAACCUUGAUGAUGAACUAUUUCAUAACGUUUUACACGCUUAUCAAAAUUUCACCAUUGUUUGUGGUUUUCUUCAUCUUUCAACUCCUCGAGAUGCUUUUAUAACUUGUUUAUGUAAAAGCGCUGUUCCCCAGAUUACUAUACCACCGUCGGAAAGUAAUGCAUGUGAAACUGAAAGUGGACAUAAAACUAAAAUGGAAUUAUCUGCCAAAAAUUUAUCGUAUCUAAAGUCUUUACUAAUCGUUGCACAAACCAUUGGAGGUGUUUUAGGUGAUUCAUGGUAUUUGGUAUUAGAAACAUUACAACUGGUGCAUUAUAGAUUCUUCUCAAAGCGUGCUAAGAAGAAAAAGAAUUGUAGGAUUAGUAUACACCAUACCAGAUCUGAAUCUAUCACUUCUUUACCUUCGCAAAUAGCUUGUAGUAGUUCUUCAUCUCUUAAUCAAACAACAACUCCAUUAAUUGUACAAAUAACAUAUCUGAAUCCCUCUGAAGCUACAGAUACUUAUCCUCAACUAUCAGAUCAUGUAUCUCAAACUGAAACAUCCAUAGUCUCUUAUUCUGGAUCAUUCAAGGAUGUAUUAAAUAGCCUCAAGAUGCAAAUUAUGACAUUGGUUGAUAAUUGCAAGUUUCUUAAUGAUAUAGCUUUACAAUGUUUUAUACGAUCCUUGUGUAAACUUAAUGCUCAAGCAUGUGGUAUUCAACUUAAUGAUGAAUUUCAAGUAUCUGGUCAAGAAUUAAUAUUUGUUGACGAUUAUAUGCAUAAUGGAGCUUUACGUGUCAAUAAGAAUCACAAAAAGUCUUUUGCAAUUAAAACAUUGCAUUCGGCGGCAAUUUUAAAUAUGCAUCGAAUGAUCGCGUGCGAUCCAUCUCUAAUAUGGGAUUUAGUUACAUCUCAUCUAAUCAUAAUUACGAAUCAUGUUUCAACUCCUCAUCAUAUUCGUAUACAGGCCUGUAAAGCUCUUGCAGAUAUUAUAAUUUCAGCUGUUAAUUAUGUUUCUUUAUCACAAAUAAAAAAUAAUGAACGUAUUCAAUCUCAACUUCUUAUUUCUCUUUACCAUAUGGUUGACAAUUCUGAAUGGAUUUCUCAACGUUCGGGUGGUGGUGUUUAUGUUGAAGUUCAAAAAAUUAGACUAGAAACACUGUAUAAAUUAUUAGAAACUUCUGGUAGAGCUGGAUAUUUUUUUACUUUUGGUUGGAAUGUUAUUUUAGACAUUAUUAAGAGUGUCUGCGUGUAUGCAGGCUCUGGUGAAACCAUGGAAAAUGAUGCUGUUAGCGAUGAUAGUUUUAGUAUAUUAGAUGAAUCAAUCUUUUAUAUAUCCGACACAAAAACUUCAGGCUUAGUUCUUGUGGCAUUUCCCUCAUUGCAGCUUAUUUGUAAUGACCUUUUAUCGUUGCUAUCUCCUAAAUAUUUGAAAGAAUUAAUCAACACAUUAGGUGCAUUUGGUUUACAAAUGGAUGAUUUAUAUAUUAGUUUGAAAUCAAUUGGACUAUUGUGGAGUAUCUCCGAAUUUAUACAAACUAAACGUUCUGAUUAUAAUUACGGCAUUGGAAUGAUCAAAAAAUAUGCUCUUGAUACAAAUGAUAUUGACAAAACUAUCUUAAGAGAAUCUUCAUCUAUUAUGGAUGUACUUUGGAUGUUAUUGUUAUCACAGCUUUUAAAAAUUUGUUCGGAUGCUCGUCCGGAAGUACGUAAUUUAGCCAUUCAAACAAUAAUUCGUUCCGUAGCCAUUUAUGGAGCGGAGUUAAAGAUAAGUGCAUUGAAUAUAGGCAUGCAAAAAAUUUUAUUUCCACUUCUUAAUUCAAUAAGAAAUACGUCAGAGCAACAUAAAGAUUUGAUUCCAGCACCACAUAAAGAAUCACUUAAAGAAUUUGAUGGAUUUCUCUUUCGUCAAUCAAGAAAUGCAAUUGAUAAACAAUGGGACGAAACAAAAAUCUUAGCUUUAACUGGAAUUUCUAGACUUUUUAAAAAUUUCAUGACGAUAUUAAUAAAUUUUGAUGGAUUUCGACAAUUAUGGGAAUUAUUACUUUCCCAGUUAGAAUAUUUUUGUUUACAUUCUAGCUUAGAAGUUUCUAUAGCUACUAUUAAAUCAUUUAAUACAGUAAUACAAUGCCCUUUUCAAGACAAAUUUCAAUAUGAUAAACACAAUAAAAUUUACGAAAAAAUAUUACCAUUUUGGCGAAUAGCUUGGAAUUUUUGGGAGAAAAUAGGUUUAGGGAUUAUUACAAUUUUAGAUCAAGAAGUUGUUUCAAACAUGAAAUAUUCAACUACGACGAUACAUUUUACACAAGAUGCCCUUAGAAUUUAUCUUUUAAUUUUUGGUGAUAUCUACAAAAUAAUUCAUCCUGAAUUUACGAUACUUGAAUUAAAAAGAUUUUUUAAAAUCUCUUAUGGAAUAUUAACUUAUCCUAAUAGCCCAUUUUAUUUGUCAGACUCCGAUUGUCUUUCACCGUUACAAGAAUCUAUAUUAGAAAUUAUUGGUCAAUUGAAUUUAAGUUUUUCAGGCGUACCUGCAGCAGUUUUAGAAAAUUUUGCGGAUUAUAUUACGCUUGCAUUCACAAAAAAACAAAUGGAUAAGGAAUUGAAUAAUGGAAUAUACGGAUCAGUUGAACAACAAAUUGCAAUAAAAGAUGCAAACUCAAAUAAUAAACCUAUAAAUGAGGAAAUUAUUGGCAUAUCAACAUCUAAAAAAUCUUACUCGAUAGUUUCUUAUGUUGCAUUUUCAAAAACUGUUAUGCAAUUGGUUAAAGAUUUAUUUAAAACUUAUGUUAAUGAUCAAAUAGUUUAUUUGGAUGGGGUUUUUAAAAAAAUUAUGAAGGCAUAUAGUAUUCCCAUGAAAUUGAAAUAUGAUUGUCCUUUAUCAGGAAAAUAUGAUGAUAAUGCCGAACUUUGGAAAGUAGCAUCGAUUGCAUUUUUGGAUGUAGUAAAUCAUGGAUUAAAUGCUUUGGACCGUAUUGGUGAUGCUAUUUCUGAGGAAUGUAUCGUAAGCAUAUGGGAACAGAUAUUAGAUGUUCUUCACAAUAUUUUAACACCUAAAAGCAAACCACCAUCAUCUAUUCAAGUUGAACAAUUAAACAUUGAUGAGUCCUUUGACAUAAAAUUUCUUUCAGAUUUACAAACACGCGUAUUAAUUCAUCUGGGUAAUUCACGUGUUCCACAAUCACUUAUAUUUAAUGUGAUAAAAAUAAUAUACGAAGGAUCAAAACUAUAUUAUCCUGAGUUAGAUAAACUAACAACUUGGAAUGAAAGUAUCGAUGAAAAUUUUCAAUUACUUGAUAACUUAGAAACCCCAUGCUAUAAACAAUUGCUAAAAAAUAUUGAUAGUACACCAGUUUUCGUUACUCCAGUAGAACGAGAAAGGUUUGCCUAUGCUUGCUUACAAUGUUUGUUUGAACUAUGUUCUGAUGAAAAAGAUGAUUUUUUUGACAUAAGACAAAGAAUAGCUAAAGUAACUGCCCCUAUCUUGUUAAAACGAUGCGCUUUUGUAAUUCAUAAUUAUACUAUUGAUCAACCAUUAUUCGGAAGAUGUCCUUUUCUAAGAGUAAGGAAUGAUGAAAUAUCAUUCGUGUUGCAAAAAUUGGUCAAGCUACGAUUUCGGCAAAAUAUAUUGAAUUUUAAUGAAAAUUCAACUAUUAAUCUCUUAAAAAAACCCAUUUUAUCAGGUCAAAAUGCGCAUUUAUUUUAUUUGCAUCCUGUCAUAAGUGAAGCUAUUUGUUUAAAAGAUUCUAAUAUUGGUGAAUUGUUAAAAGAAUGUUUAAGAAAAAUUGGAGAAGAACUGGGUGAGUUUUUCGAGAAAAUGGUUAGACAGCGUGUUGCUAUCAUCGGAGCCGGUUCAUCAGGUUUAGCAGCCCUAAAACAAUGCCUCGAUGAUGACUUGGAUCCAAUAUGUUUCGAACAAACAUCUUAUGUAGGAGGUCUUUGGAAUUUUGUUGAAGUUGAUGACAAAAAUAAGGAUCCACAUUCAUCGGCUUAUAAAAGCCUAGUUAUUAACACUUCUAAAGAAACGAUGACAUUUUCAGAUUUUCCAAUCCCUGCGGAUUGGCCACCUUAUUUACAUAACACACUUGUUGCCAAGUACUUUAACAUGUACGCUGACAACUUUAAACUUAGGAAAUAUAUCAAAUUUCAUACAACUGUUGUUCGUGUAUCGUACCUUCAUGAUCAUCGUUGGAAAGUUAAGUAUACUACUUCUGUAAACGAAAAUCGAACUGAAGAAAAUCACAGUAAUGAACAUGAAGAAAUAUUUGAUUUUGUUAUGGUUUGUAAUGGGCAUCAUAGGAAACAUAGGUGGCCUAAAUAUAAAGGCAUGGACGUAUUUAAGGGAGAGCAAACUCAUUCGCAUUUUUAUAGGCGAUCUGCGUGUUUCGAAAACAAGCGUGUUGUUGUAGUUGGAAUUGGUAACAGUGGAAUUGAUAUUGCCGUCGAAUUGUCUCACGUCGCAUCACAAGUGUAUUUAUGUGUUCGUAGAGGAAUACUCCCGUGGAUAUUACCACGCCUGAUCGGUGGAAAGCCAAUCGACCAAUUAGCGACUCGUUUUUCUGCUUAUUUCCUUCCAAAUUCCCAUUCAACUUUUACAAAGCUUAUCCAACAGACUGUUGGCCCCCAUCCGCCGUCUCUCCAACCAACCACUCCAUACUAUUCUUCACAUCCGACUUUAAAAACAGAAUUUUUCGAACGCCUUAGUACCGGAACUAUUAUUGUAAAAAAAAACAUUUUAGAAUUAAUGUCUGACGAAACAAAGUCAAUUAAAUUUGUUGAUGGUUCUAUCGUGGAAAAUAUUGACACGGUAAUUUACGCAACUGGUUAUAAUAUAGAUUUCCCAUUUUUAGAUAGGGAAAUUUUUAAUGGUGGUCCAGAAAUUGAAAAAGAAUUUGAAGAUGAGUAUAAAGAAAACUUAACAUGGAUGUAUAAGAUGAUGUUCCCGCCAAAUUAUCGUAAUAUCGCGUUCAUUGGUUUGGUCCAACCAAUUGGUGCUAUUUUUCCUAUUGCCGAAAUGCAAUCUCGUUAUGUGACAAGUUUGAUUAAAGAUUUAAUUAAUCCACUCCCAUCACCUGAGAAAAUGAAUAUCGCAAUUAGAAAUUAUCAUGAAAAAAUCAGGAAGCAAUACUAUUUAUCAGCAAGACAUACAAUCCAAGUUGAUUAUCUUGGUUACCUUGAUGAAUUGAGUCAAGAAUUAGGUUGUUAUCCUUAUUCUUUAGAGAUAUUAAAAAAAUUUGGUUUUAGAAUAUUGAGACUCGUUUUAUUUGGAAUUAGAACCCCUAUUCAGUAUCGAUUACUUGGAAGACAAUGUUGGGAGGAACAAGAAGAUAUAUACAACAUUGUGUCUUCAUUCGUUGAAUUAGAAAUGGAUGAAUAUGAUGAAACUGAUAGUAUUAUUUGUCAAAAUGUUCAGGAAUUGUGGGAAUUUUGA